UGUUGCAGCCGAGAAAAGAGGCGCGGGGGCGUCUUGCACACCAACCGCGCCGCCUCCUUCCUCUCGGGCGAAGCGGAGGUCUAGCCGAAGCGACCCCGGAGAAGUUGGUGGGGGGGAUGGCGGGUGAGAAGAUGGCUAAAUGUGAACCCUGCGAAAGAAGUUAUGAUAACAUGGUAAAAAUGCUUGAGGAUUUGAACAGGGAUUUGGAAAAACUUCUGGAAGACAUGGAGAAAUUAUCAGAUUAUUGCAAUAUGCUGUACAUGGGGCUCCUCUUGAAGACCAUCCAGAAGCUUCAAUUGGUCCAGAAUGCAGUGAUGCAGGGCUCUAAACGACAGCAUGAAGAAAAGGAAAGAAAAAACAACAAGUAAGCUUACAGUGACAAUAGAAGAAAUAUGAAUCAAAAGCAAAUUGAUGAUAUGCAGAAAAAAGUAUUAACAGAAACUAUUUCAACUCCCUGAAGCAAAUGAAGUUAUUUACAUGUGUUGUUUCCGUUUGAGUAUAAGUCACACAUUUACAAUAAUAAAUGAAGUUGUUUUCACCUCAUCAUCAGCUUUUUAAAAGAAAAAAAAUCAGAAUUAGAAAUGGAAAUUGAAAGUAUCAUGGUAUAUAUCCAUAUAUAAAAAUAUUUAAUGUUUAUUAUGCUGCUAAAUACUUUUUUUGUUAAUUACAUCAUCCGAUGCAUAAAUAUUGAAAUCCAAUUCUAUAUUAACAUGGGUGUUUCUCUUUGUCGUGUUAGCUUUUUUCAACCAUAACAUUCAGUGUACUCUUAAACAAACACUGUUGUUUUGAGAAACAUGUCAGAAACAACGUUAAGCAUUUCUAGAUUCUAGUGCAGAGCCUGAUGCAAUUGGUAAAAUACUGUUUGGAUCCAAGAACACUUCUUAGUCUAAUAGGAAAACCUCAGUGAAAACUGGUCUUAAUAAAUGGAAAUGCUUGGAAUAAACAGAUUAGCCUUUCAACAAUGUUGAAAACCCAAUUUCAUUUUGUUAUAGGUUAUUUUCCCUGGAUUUCCACAGUUAGAUCUCAACCAGUUUACCCCAUUUACACACAGGCCUUCCUAAUCUAAGAACACUAAUGCAGACGCUAACAAGAAACAUAGUAACAAUCUCUCAUGUACUUGUAAAGUAUAUACAAAACUUUAUAGAGAUUGAAUGUUUUAUUAUGUAAAAAAUUGCAGUUUUCUUUGGAGACAUUUUGUCUAGUUUUGAUGAAAGAUAGAAAUAUUAACUGUAGCUAUAUUAAAGUGUAUGAUUGAUUGCACAUGUAUGGACUAUACCAGGUGGUGUAGUCUUGUUAGAUUAUUUGAAGUAGUUUCUCAUAUGGAAUAGCAUUGACAAUUUUUUGUUUUAAUACCAGAAUAACAGGAUCUGAUAACCUAAAUUAGUAUAAAUUGGCUGUUUUUCAUAACUGCUGUUUUUCUGCUCUGAAAAGCCAUAUUUUAAAGAGCAAGUAUACUUCUAUUGCAGUAUUUAUAUUCCUCUGUAGGUUUUUUUGAAAAAACAAACAAACAUCGCAGAUGUUUUAAAGGGAAGGGAUUAAAAUACAGAUUAAAUGAAAUUCACACUGGGGCAACUGCCCCCCUUCAGCUCCUUUGUCACCACAAUAGCCCUUCUGAAAGAUGCUUUCAUCUACUCUGUGCUGUUCUGCUCUUAUUCUUACACAAUUCCUGUCUAUUCCUCACUGUUCAACCAACAUGGUAGCAGGAAGAAACUAAUGACAAAGAGAAUACAGGUAGUCCUCACUUAACAAUGCUAAUUAGGAACAGAAGCUCUAUUGUUAUACAAUAUGAUCAUAAAUAGAAAAAACAUAUAAUGUGCUACUUGGCAAGGAUGAUUUUUCAGCAUCAUUCUAGUUUUCUCUAUUACUCGAUAACAAGCGGUGAAUGAGCUACGGUUCAUCCAGCAGUUCGCAUUUAUCUCCUAUGAUUAUAAGGAGGUUUUUUUCAAUCAAAUCAUGUUAAUUACCUAAGCAGUGAAAAGAUUAUUAAGUUAUUAUUCAACA